CAGAGGCAGAGCCAAAACCACAGGGAGAGCGGAUGUAGCUAACGUUUUGGAACAGCUCUAAGCGCAAACGCUUGGCAAGUGGUGACAAAUGGCAAACUGGCUCAGCAGUCGCUAGCUGUUAAUCUACUUGAGCGCGUUCGGGCACGGACAAAGUUUAGGUGUUUAAAAAAAAAAAAUAAACAAAAAACUUAUAAUAAAUAAAAAUAGCAUAUCAAAAGAUCUAACGCGUUUUUUUUCCCCCAGAUACAUUUGGUAUAAAAUGAAGUCGAGCCCAUGGUCAAUAUUGGCCAGCGGUUUUGGUUGCAUUAAUCUCACUGCCCUCGUGUUGCUAAUAUGUAGCGGUCAAGCAGCAGCUCAAUCGAAUUACGUGCAACAUGGCGAUAGCGGCAACUACUCCACAAGCGGACUGCCAGAAGAGGCGACACUGGAUGGAAAGGUAACCAAGCUCGAUGACAUUAGCCCCUUGAUCUUUCUGAAUCGCACGAAGGCUGCUCUUAACUGCGCAGCUGGCUCAAUGCAAGUUGAUCUAAAAUUCAACGAUCCGUUUCAUGGCAUCAUACAAGCUGACUAUGAUCGCAGCAGUGCCUGUCGUGUGAGUGGCAAAGGUGCAUUUAGCUAUCGUCUGGAGUUGCCGCUUAAAGGAUGUGGUACUAUACAAAAUCCCACUCGUGUAUUUACCAACAACAUUAUUGUGCGUUUCCAUGCCAAUUUGGAAAUGGAUGGCGAUGAAAUCAUCACGAUAGUGUGCCGGUAUCCGCCGCCUGUGCCUUCACUGCCACCAGCACUGCCAGCACCUAUUUUAAAUCCUAUUGCAACGAGUGCUGUGCUCCAGCCCCCACUAAAGAGUAUACAGAUACUAAUGAUCAUCUGUGCUAUCAUGUUCCUUACACUUCUUCUGUUGGGUCUGGCCGUCUCCUACUACUGCCUUCGCAGCCGGCCCAUUCCGGUGGUGCGUCGCCUACACAUGAGCAUGGGUAGCGGCUCGGAGAUAACCAAAUUAAGCGGCAGCAGCGUUGGCAACAUCAGUGCGUUUGAGGGUGUAAAAAUACCGCGAGCCCAUGCUGCACUCCAGGCCGUGUACAGCUCUUCUGGUAGCGAAGGAGCACUGAUACCAUCGGACUAUCCCAGUGAAUCACAUUCGGAGAUUGAAGAGAUUGACACUCGAUCAUUGCCAUUCAGUUCAGCGGGUAGCUUUGAAAAUCGCGCCUUCAUUCAAGAGACUUCAAGCAUUUACAGUGACCACUAUGCCCCGACUCAGGAAAUACCCGUUACCAACUCGGUUAUGACAACUGUUAUGCGACAUAACUCACCAGUUCAGGAGGUAAUGACUAAUUCGCCCAAGUUCGAUGUUCAGGUGCGUGUAAAGAAAUAUCCGCAACCAAUUCCAUCGCCGGUCACCUCCGACACGGAGAGCGUGGGUACUGUGCGGCCCGAUCGAAAUAAUUUGUCGACCAUUAUGGAGGCGUAUGAGGAUCGAGAGAGUGUAAUGACUAUGGAUUCGUUGCCGCCGAAAGUGGAGACCAUGCAGUCACAAUUUACAUAUGUUCCAGAGUUGCAUCCGGCUCCACACGCUCUACAGUCACAGCCCCCUCCCAUUGUAGCCGAACCCAAGUUCUCCGUCUACACUCGCACGCACCAUGAGGUAGUGGACGGACGUCCAGACACCUGGUCUGACUAUACUGACGGACCAGCAAAUAGCGAAAUUACAGACUUAUCAUCUGAAGCUCCCGACAGUCGUAUCCAUGAAACAAGUGCCGCGGUAGACACUAUGCACUAUUACGAGCACGAGUACGCCCCAGCGGAACCGAUCGUUCCGAGUAAUCAGCUGCCAGUGACAUCGCACACCGUGGACGAUGUCUAUUUACGCACAGUUACUGAGAAGAAGACCAUUGAAGAUAUUGAAAGUCAUAAACGACUUGUCACUGAGUACAAGAGUAAACCGAAAGCGCCAUUGCCGCCGCCUCCUCCGGAAGUGGUAGACCCCAAAUUCGAUGUUAGGGUGCGCAAGUAUCCAAGCGAACGCGAGCAACAGCAAUGGGAGAACUUCUCUGAUAUUUCUAGCGCCUCGGGCCUCACUCUGACACCCAAGCUGGAGCGCUCGGAGUUGAGUUUACCACCCACUGAGCCGCCGUCACAAAUCCACGAUAACAAGCUUAAGCUGACCAGUCCAGAACUAGUAGGAAAUAUGAAGCCAAUUGAGGUUCCACCGCAAGAUAAGGAUGUUCCCAACUGGGAUGUGCUCAUACGAAUUUUGGAGGAGCCAGAGAUGUCCGAUAUAGUUGAUGACGCCAGUUCUGUUCACAAUAUCAGCUACGACGAUAAAACCAAGUGGAAGGAAAUCAUCACCACGCAGUCUUCACUGCGUACAAUGCUAACCGAAGCGGUGGUUCGCGAGGAUUUCGAACGCAUCCGUCAGGACACUCGUUACGAGCGAAUGUUUGAGCCUCAAACCUGGGAUGUCAUAAUACGGAUCCUUGCUCCACCCAGUGACGACGAUACAGACGUAGAGAUGCGUGCACCCAAACGUGGCAAGAAAACAGCUCCGCAGCCUUGGGAUACACGUUCCAGGCGCAGCUCCUUGCCCACGCUUUACGAAUACGACAGCGAUGGUGGGUCGAGUGUUCGCACCAUACGCAACGAUUCAACGAUGCCGCUACAUGAAGGACCUGGUGUCGGGACUGGACCUGGACCUUUUAGCAUGCAACGAUCACGCCGUAGCUCGCGCACCUCAUACCAAACGGAUCAAAAUGAUUUCCGUUCGAUGUCUGAGGUGACCGUGGACUUUGGGAGACUUCAGCCGGAUCAUCUGGAUAAUGUAAGCGACGCUAGUUCGUAUUACCGUAUGCAGUACUACGAUGACGAAGAUAGACGCUCUUUCCAUCGAUCUAUCAGUCAUCCAUCGCUUGCACGCUCCGCCAGCGAAUUCACAGAGCACUGGACAGCCCCUGACGAGAUUGAGAUCUCCUCGCCAGAAGGCACGCCCAGAGCUCAUCGUGUGCGUCAGUCUUCACAGCUCGUACGGGACCAGCCUAGUGAACAACAUAUCGUGUCCCAAACGCAAAGCGAUUUUGUGGAAACACACCGUAGCAUCUACCAGUCUGAAAAGCAGUUGUCUCCGCCAUCACGAAAGUGGUAGGCGGAUAAUCCUUAAAUCGAGUCAUUUAUUUCCCAAAUAUUCGACUAAACACAAGAGUAAAAUUGCUCUUCGGAAAGGGGUAUCUAUACUUACAUUUGAAAGUAUUUAUCAUACAAACAUAAUUGCCUUAAAAAUGGAUGGAAUUGAGCGCGAUUCCGCUAACAGAUUUUUAACCCAAUCAACAAUCUCUAACUACAAUUUCAAUAUGUUUAGUAAAUUACUUAAAGCAAUUUUCUAACUUAAUGGAAUUACCAAAUAAAAAAA